AUGGAUAAAACGGCCAAAAAGCGCAUCCUCAACUUAAUGGGAGUCUGCGAGAGUUCCAAUGUUGAUGCCCGUCGCAAUAAAGAGAUCAAUGAUCAAAUCGAAAAGGAUCGUCGGAUCAAUGAUUCUACCAUUAAGCUACUUCUAUUGGGUGCGUAUUUCCAUUGUUUUGUACCGUACUUAAUUUUAGGUGCCGGUGAGAGUGGAAAAAGUACAAUCUUGAAGCAAAUGAAGUAAGUUCUCUUCGUCUUCGAGCCUCAACAGUGCAGUAAAUUUUUUGGUAAUAAGAACUAACAACUCUAUGAAAUUUUAUUGUUACGUAGUAAUUACUACUAUUUAAAAUUGAGAAUUGCAGAAUUAUUCAUGAUAAUGGAUACUCUGAAGCCGAUGCCUUACAGAAGAAAUCAAUGGUUUUUGCGAAUGUUAUUCAAGCCAUGCAUUACAUGGUGCAGGGAAUCGAGAGGCUAGGCCUAAGGUAUUCGAACCCAAAUUCUGUGGUGAGUAAAGGAACUUAAUGAAGUAAUUUAAUCCCUUUUAUUUACCUCGGAACCUACUGUUCUUUAGGAACAUGCCCGUCUAAUAGAUGCCGUUAUAAAAAAGAAUAAAGAAGGUGAUCCCAUUGCUGACAAUAUCUACGUAGCCAUUAAAGAAUUGACCCUUGACAAAGCCUUUAAAAAAGCGUUGGAACGGCGGAUGGAGUUUUAUGUGCCAGACUCCUCAGUACAGUAAGUAUUUCCUAGAAAUACAGGUUUGUAGUCUAUCAUUACUAAAUUUACACUCCUCGCAUGUCAGCUAUGGCUAUUUUUGAAUAAUAAUAUCUUAGGAAAUUGCCUGAAUCGUAUUUUAGUUUCAUCGAAUCCCUGGAUCGGAUAUGUAAUCCGAGUUAUAUCCCCAGCCAACAGGACAUUCUUCUGCUUCGUAUAUCAACAAUGGGUGUAAUCGAAGUGACUUUUAAGAUCAAGGACAAACUAUGGAGGUAUGUGUUAUUUGGAACGGAAGCUUUCAUUAAGAGCCCGAGAAUAUAUUAAUCCCGCCCGCUUCCAGAGUGUUUGACGUAGGAGGGCAAAGAUCACAGCGGAAGAAAUGGAUCCACUGUUUUGAUGAUGCAAGGGCUGUGAUAUUUGUUGUCGCGUUGAGUGAAUACGACCAAGUUUUGAUAGAAGAUAAUACCACGGUAAGAACAGGGCGAUAGGAACGUACUGUAUGACAAAUAAGGGCAAAGAACUGGUUUAUUAUGAGAACGAAUUAAAAAUUCUGCUUUCAAAUUUGAAUGAAAUAUAUUUUAAAGCCAACGUAAAUUAGCCAAAACUCCAGUUUUUCAUUCUAAAUUGCAAAAAUCUUUAGUUUUUUCUCUUAGAAUAUGCGAAACCCCGGCAAGACCAUCUGUCAUUUUUUUUUAUUGUUUUUUGUCAUUCCAUUUAUUAACAUCAAAAAGACACAUGUUCAAUUAAUCUCGCACAUGUCAAUUCCAGAACCGAAUGCUUGAAUCCAUCCAGUUAUUCAAACAAGUCUGUAACAACAAGCAUUUCAUUGAGACUUCCAUCAUCCUCUUCCUCAACAAAAAAGAUUUGUUUCGAGAAAAGAUUGAAGAGACGCAGAUCCCCCUAAAGAAGACCUUCCCCGACUAUAAUGGGGACCUCAAAUACGAGCCGUGUGUCAAAUAUAUUGAGAAGAAAUUCUUCUUGGCCAAUGAGGUCCCCAAUAAGAAUAUUUAUUGUCAUCAGACCUGUGCCACGGACACUCAGCAAGUCCAGUUUGUGUUGGAUUCGGUCAUGGAUACAAUCUUGAGCUCAAAAUUGAAGGGAUGUGGACUUUAUUGA